AUGAACAUUGAAGAGUUUAAUGAGUCACAAAAGAAAAAUCCAAACAAAAGAAUAAAACUUGAUACAUCAAAUCAAAUAAUAUCUAAUGAAGGUAUUCCAAUAAAUAAUCCAAAUUUACCAUUCUUAAAAUUAUUAAAUGGUCAAGAACCUUUAGAAAAUGUUCAACUACGUUAUAAUUUAUUUCAAAAAUCCAUUAAAAAUCAAGAUUCCAUUGCUAAAUCAAUUUUAGAAUCUGCAAAUGAUGAAAUUUUAUUAGGUAUAUUUAAUUCAAUUGCAAAUCCAAUAACACCUUUCCAAAUAGAUUGUUCCCUUUUAAUUUCAAAUUCAACCUCGUCAACAAAUAAUUCCAACUUUAAUAAUCAAUUAUCAAAUUAUUUAACCAAAAAUAAUACAAAUAAUAUUAAAGUUAUAAAAUUAAAUUCAAAAGAAUGUCAUACAAUUAAAAUUGGUUUGAAAAAAAUUGUAAAUUCAAUACUUAAUGAAAAUUUUGCAAAUCAUGAAGAUGAUUAUGAAAAAAAUAUGGUUGAUCCUGAUCAAAUUGAUAUAGAUAGUGAUGAAGAAGAAGAAUUAAAUUUUUUACAACAAAGAAAAUUAUCAUUUGAUCUUGAUGCUGUAGAAGAAUGGUGUGAACAAUCUUUUUUGAAAAAAAAUGAAUCUAUAAAUUCAACAAAUAUUAGAAUUAUAAUUAUAUUUGAAGAUACUGAUUCUUUUAAUUUAGGGCUUUUAAAUGAAUUCAUAAGAUUGAUUAAUAUUUAUACAAAUAGAAUUCCUUUUAAAUUAAUUUUUAAUAUUAAUUCAAAUUUAAAAAAUUUUACCCAAAAGAUUAAUAAUAAUUUAAUUCAUAAUUUAAAAUUUCAUGUUUUCAAAAUUGAACAAACAGAUUCUAUCUUGAAUACAAUUGUUUCCAAGAUAAUAUUAGAAGAUUCAUAUUUAAUUGGUAAUGAAUCUGUUGGAGAAUUAUUGAAAAAAUUUAAAAAUUCAAUUAGAGAUUUAAAUGAUUUUUUAAAAAAUUUAAAAUUUUUAAAAAUGAUUUUCUUUUUCAAUAAUCCAUUAUCUAUUAUAAAUUCAUUAAAUUUAUCUCAAUUGGAUAAUAAUUCAUCAAAAUAUUAUGAUGCUAUUAAAAUGUUACCAUCUUUCCAAAAUCAUAUAACAAAUUUAAUUAAUUCUUCAAAUGAUAAUUUAAAUUCUUUAAAAAUUUUAAAAUUAUUAGAAGAUAAUCAAUAUUUAAAAUCAUUUAUUUAUGAAUCAACAAAUGAUUAUAUCAAAAAUUUAAAAAUUUUAAAACUAUUUUUAAAUUUAUAA